CCGGGGGGGUUUUCGAGCGUGGAUGACGUGAUAGAGGUUUGAGCGAUGGAGCGGCAAGGAUGUAGAGGCCUGGCCCGCGUCGUUUCAUGGAUGUGGAACCAGUGGAUGUUGGUCACUUUGGCCUGGUAUGCCUGCGCAGUAUUUACAGCUGCAACGCUCAAGAGGUCAAAACAUCGAGCUAUGCUGUCAGUCUUUGCCAACCUCGUCAUAGGUUGGCCUUUGAUUACUCCGUUUGCCAUGGCUGAUGGGACGGAAGGUUGCCAGCGUUUGAAGACACAUUGGCGGAAGGUUUUGCUCAUUGCCGUUCUGGCGGGGCUGGAAAAGAACCUCACGAAUUCUUCCUUGUCAUCGAUUGGUGGAGCCUUAAAGACGGCACUGCAUGGCCUGAAUGUGGUUUUCACUUUCUUUGUGGCUGCAAUUGCCGGAGCCGAUGAUCGUGCUUACUACUGUAUCCGGGGCUGCCGGUGCAGUGGAAAUCUUCUUCUGACGAUCAGCUUGAUCCUAGUUGCAUGUGGCAGUGUCUUUGCAUUGCCCAAGGGUAACUCGAAGGAAGAAGCAUGGGGCACCAGCCACUGGGGUGUCAUUUUCCAGUUGGGCUCCGGCAUCGCGUAUGCCAUGAAGUUCACUGCUAUCAAACUGUUGCUGUGCAGCAACAAUGAGUCUGCCAACAGUGCCCACCGGCCGCCGUCAAAAGCACAAGUUGUCUUCCUUUGCAAUCCAGUGAUAGGCCUAAUGAGCCUGGCGUUGGUGCCUCUGGGCGGUGAUUGGACAGUGCCCGAGUUUAGUCUUGCUUUGGCUGUGGCUGCGGCGGCCACCCCUAUCCUUGUGCUGCAGAUGCAACUCAUCCAGUUGCUCAAGUCGCCUGUCACAGUGGCUGUGCUGGCAGUUUUCCACGAUCUUGCGAUUGUUUGCUAUUUCGUCAGUAUGGGUGGAGAGUCGUUUUCUCGAGCGCAAGUCAUCGGCUAUACGGUGUCAGCCGUGGGCGCCAUCCUUUACAGCUGCGCAAAGUAUCGCUAUUCUGAUUUGGCUGCUCAGGACCUUUCUGAUUGCAGCUCUUCGAUUGAAAAUGACCGGAGUUUCUCAAUAACCCCGCAGACGAUGAGGCUGCACUUCUCAUUUUCAACUCAAUCCAGUUUUUGAAUCACACCGUG